AUGUACGUGAGCUCGCUCUUGGAGAAGGAGCCCAGCAUGUACCCAGGAUCUGCCAGGGCCAGCAACAACCUGCCCAUGCAAAACUUCGUGUCUGCUCCAGCCUACUCUGACUACAUGGGAUACCACCCUGUGCCAGCCCUGGACACCCACGGGCAGCCAGCACCGGCCUGGGGCUCCCACUACGGCCCCCAGCGCGAGGACUGGAGCGCCUAUGGCCCAGGCCCUUCCAGCGCCGUGCCCGCUGCCCACAUCAAUGGCUCGUCCCCCGGGCAGGGCUCCUACAGCUCUGCUGAUUACAGCUCCCUGCACCCCACUGCUGCUGCUGCUGCUGCGGGGUUACCGCCUGUAGAUACAAUUAAUGCCCAGCAAAUCUCUCCCAACAGCCAAAGGCACAGCUCUUAUGAGUGGAUGAGGAAAACGGUGCAAACCAACGCUGCUGGUAAAACAAGAACAAAAGAAAAGUACCGGGUUGUUUACACAGAUCACCAGAGACUGGAAUUAGAGAAGGAAUUUCACUGCAACAGAUACAUUACAAUCAGGAGGAAGUCAGAACUCGCAGCAAACCUGGGACUCUCCGAAAGACAGGUGAAAAUCUGGUUCCAGAAUCGCCGUGCAAAAGAGAGAAAAAUGAUCAAGAAGAAAAUCUCGCAGUUUGAUGGCAGCGGGGGCUCAGCUCAGAGUGACUCUGGUUCACUCAGUCCAAAUGAACUGUCAAAUUCUCUCUUCCCACCACCACAUGGAAUAAAUGGAUUACAGCCUAAUGACAUUCAUCAAGUCAUGGUUUCAGAAUGA